AUCUGCAACUUUACACUCAACGCCCUCAAUCAAGAAUCAAAAAUCGCGACAGUUAGACGAAAACUUUCAGUUACCUCCUAAAAUUGGAUAUGGAUCAAACAAAAAAACUCGCUAUUUGAUGCCAAAUGGGUUCAAAAAAUUCCUUGUUUCUAACGUUAAAGAAUUAGAAUUGUUACUUAUGCAUAACAAAACCUAUGCAGCCGAGAUUGCUCACAAUGUCAGUUCAAGGAAACGAAUUGCAAUUAUUGACAGGGCUCAGCAAUUGAACGUAAGGGUUAUAAACGCUAAGGCUCGCGUUAGAACUCAAGAAGUUGAUUAA